UGUACUUCGAGUCCCCCUCCCGCGAGCGCUCAGGCGUAUUCCAUAUCCCACCGGCUUUUUUCAAAUCCUGCACUUUCAUAUCCUACACUUCAUUUUAGUCUGACUUUCUUCUCUCCACUCCUCGCCACUUCUUUCUGCCUCGAGGCAAACUUCAAAAGCACAAGCGGCGGACGCACGGUUUUCGAGUGUUUUCAUUGAGUAAUCAGUAGGGUCUUCUCACGGUAAGUGACCAUCCAUACUUGUUCCCUUCCACAGCCAAACACGCACGGUUGCGUGAUUUGGCUCCGUCACAGGCUGGACUGGCGGUGGUCGCGGGGGGACCGCAUCAGGUCCCAACAAUCAGCCGGGCUGGGUGGGGGAUGUCGGCACAUCUCCCGAUCUUGGGAUGAUUACAUAAUGAAAACCCUGACGGGGUUUUUCUGAUGUGCGUUGAUUGAGGACGCCGCAUGCUGUCGGAUAUAAUCGACAGCGUGUCGUCCGUCCCUCUUCUCCCGUCUCAUGGUCCUGUCUGUUUUCAGACUUUCCUUCUUUGCCCACACCACACCGCUCCCGUUUUAUAGACUUUGUCAUUUGCUCGUCGCUCACUAUUUUCCCCCUUCUUUUCCAGCGCUUUUCGCAUCCUUUUCGUUUGACUUCUCUCAUCCCCUCCCCUCGUCGUCUCUGGUAUCAUCAUGGCUGCUGUAAUGGGCCCCUCCAUCGCACAGCACCCCUCCCCCUUCCGUGCGGCGCAUAACGUUUCGGUCUCUCAGUCACGACAAGGGUUCCAUCCGCCCCCAUCGGCCCCGCCCAAACCGGCGUCGACACAGCCUUCGACGACCCGCGACCCCUUCUAUGGGCACGAGAACGCGGCGCGCCUCUGCGCCCGCUUUAUCACUCAUCUCUUCGCCUGUCCGGAGUACCCUCCCUCGUCGUCGGGCUCGACUGUGAAGCUCCCGUACUUCAUCGCAUAUGCCCUCCACCGGACGAAACUCCACGCCUCGGUCACCUUUGCCGCCCUCGUCCUGCUACAGCGCCUCAAGGCUCGCUUCCCCACCGCGCGCGGCUCCUCUGGCCACCGUCUCUUCGUCUCGGCCUUCAUGAUUGCCUCCAAGGUGAUCUGCGACGACACUUACUCCAACAAGUCCUGGAGUAUCGUCGCCCAGAGUAUGUUCCAACUCCGCGAGAUCAACCAGAUGGAACGGGAGAUGUGCCAGUACUUGGACUGGGAGCUGAAUGUCGACCCGGUCACCCUCCAGGAGUUCGAGGCGAUGAUCCGCAAGGAUUUCGCUGGCCCUGGGCCCUACCCCACUUACAUCCUCCCCUCCCCUUCGAAGGCGACUCCUCCUCCCCCCUCCACUGUCUUCCCCUCGUCGACACCCACACCCGGGCCCACGUCGUCGAGCUCGUCGACACCCUCGCCCUCCCCUUAUGCCCCUCAGCGCUAUCCUUCGCCCCCGAAGCCCGUGCGCCCAUCACCACCACCAGCAGCCCCUCUCGCGCACCCGCCUGCUCCCUCGUACUCGCCCCCAGACACUCCGGAGACUCCCUCACCUUCAUAUUCGACGUCAUCGUCCCCCGCCUCGACAGCGUCUCCCAAGACGCCUCAUGGCAUCGAGGACCACACGGCGCGGAUCGUGUCGGCGGAGUCGUCGCCCGUGUCAAAACACGACGCGAUGCCGGUCCAGCAGCAGCAGCACCAGGUGUCGAUCGGCAAGUCGAAAAUGUUCGCGUUCGCCAUACCGUCGGUAUGGUAAUUUAUUUCCUUCUUUUCUCAUACUCCUUUGCUCCUCUCUUCGCGUCUACUCUCUCCCUGAUCGUAUUAUGGGCUGGAUCUCGACGGCGACGCGGCUAACUCUGUACAUGCAUAUCUAUCGGACGAAAAUAACUUUAUACCCGUUGCUUUCAUACCUCAGGGCGUCGAUGAUGUGCACUCUUUUUCUUCUUUUUCUUCUUCUAUCAUCAUCGCAUAACGAAAUCAUCAAGUGUCAUAUUAGCAUUAGGGUCAUUGUGUCAAUAGUAUUACAGCAUAAUAAAAGCAAAGUUUUAGACGUUC